AUGUCCAAUUCAAAUUGCAUAUCGACCUUUUAUUUCGCUGAGAAAUACGACUGUAUCGAGCUUAUUGGCAACAGCGAGAAAUUCGUCCACGAGAAUUUCGCCUCGGUAGGAGAAAUGGAUGAAUUUCUGAGCUUGGAGGCUAAGGAGGUGGCGAGGUGGAUUUCAAGUGACGAGAUUGCUGUGGAAGCGGAAGCCAGCGUCUUCAAGAUCAUACUUAAAUGGGUUGAACAUAACAAGAGCGAGCGAAAAGCAGCAUUUGAAGAACUGUUUCGUCACGUUAGACUGAGUUUUCUGUCGCGUGACUGUUUGGAGGGUGUCGUGACAAACGAACUGGUGCGUGAGAAUUAUGCUUGUGUAAAGCUGGUCAUGGAUGCUACCGUAAAGAUGGCUACUUUUGCGAGUGAAGAUGAUCUCCCGCAGUCACCAAGAAAAGGUCUGGAAACACGUGUUAUUCUAGCAUGUGGUGGCUUGUACACAUUUUGUUAUCUCCCAGAAAAAAACCAGUGGAAACGACUGCCAGACGGGUCAACUGAGAGAAACCAGAAAACGCAAAUGCUCACAUUUCGUGAUCAGCUGUACAUGUUCGAGGAAUUCAGCCAGGCAGACAAGUAUGAUCCCGUGUUUAAUGGCUGGUCAAUGUCGGAUCUGAUUGACGUAUCGGCUGAUAGCGCCAUGGUGACCGUUGUCAAAGGGGAUAUGUACGCCAUUGAAGUUAACAAACCUGUUGGAAAGUCUACUAUGAAGAGAUUCAACGUGGAGCUUUGUACCUGGCAAACAGUCGUGGAAUCUCCCCAAGGCUGUAGAAAAGAGUCCUGUGUUGUCGGAAGUGGUAGUCAUCUGUAUCUUUUAGGGGGAUCGGCACCUGGCAAUUCUGGUUAUGUCGCUAAAGCUGAGAGAUUCAACAUUGCGGAAAACCAAUGGGAGGAAAUCGCUGACAUGCAGCGAGGAAGAGGUGGUGCCUUUGGAGUGGCAACUGAAGAAAAGGUUUUUGUUGCUGGAGGCUUAAAUGAAAAGAAUAAGGUGUCAAGAAGAUGCGAGAUGUACAAUGUUUCUACAAACGAAUGGCACUUCAUUGGAAGCUUGAACACAUGGCGUGUGUAUGGCAGCAUGGUGUGUCUAAAUGAAACACUAUAUGUACUGGGAGGCACCAAGAAUAAUAGAGAUAGAUUACUCUCAGUUGAAUGUUACGACUCUACAGAAGACAAGUGGAUUGAGAAAACAUUCAUACCAGUGGAAAAGUACACAUCAGGAAAUAAGAACACAUUCACCGGCUGUGUAAUGAAGCUAUCUAAAGGAGUGCUAAAGAAACCCGACUUCAAGGAAGAGGUGGUGACGCCAGCAACCGCACAACUCGCCUUCAAUUGCCCAUCAGUAACCACUGGCGGCUUCACCUUUGGCACCUCUGACUUCGGCCGCAUAGCCGUAUCCACCGCUUCGAUGGGCCAACGUGUUGUGGCUACUGUUCCUGUAUUUGAGUUGUCGGAUGAUGACUGA